UGGGACCGAGACUGGCGGUGGGGGAGGGAAAAGCGGCAAAAGGGGAUUAUUCAAAGUACCGAAAACCUCCUCCCGGGAUCGAGCGCGGCGGCACUCCAGGCCCGGAGCCCCUCUGGUGCGGCCGAAGGUGAUCGAAUUACUCAGAUAUGAAGAUUUUCUUCUAGGUUUUGUGUGAAAGGCCCCGGAUAUUUCAAGUGGCCAUUUUGGAAUUACAAUGUUUUUGGAUAAUUUUGCCCCAGAAGUUUAAGAUCGGCAGGAAUCGUCUCGGAAGUGUUCUGAUAGUAGUGAAUGUUUCUACAAGCCGCUUAAAAAGAGUGACGGACACCGCUUCACUAUUUCGGUUCAGACGGAUUCUAUAACAUACUCAAGUAUUGCAGCUGGUGGUAUUUUUGCCUCCCCCACCCUCUCUGUUGGUGUUCUUCAGCCAGAACUGUAAGAUAUGUUUGAUUUGUGUACUGAAUAGUUCCGACAGUUUCAAAUUACUGUUUAAAUAUUUCUGACGUCCCAUGGCAGUUUAUUUUUACUUUUAUUAAAAAUUUUAGGAAUUGUUUACCUCAACCCUUUUCAGAUCACAAUGGGACAGAUUUUCUAAAUGAAGACAUUGAAAAACACAAUCUUUCUCCUUCUAUCUUUUAUUUAAGUGGGAUUUAAGAUGUUGCCAUUUCCCAGCAGCAUGGUAGUAUUGAGAUAGCUAUGUGUCUGUAGAUGCUGAAUGUUUAGGAAUGCCCUUCAGAUGUGAAGUUUCUUUUUGUUUUUGCUUUUGGGCUCAUAACUUGGAUAUUUCAUCUGGAGUGGAUAAGUACAACUGUGACAAAUACAUGAAAUAAUUCAAGAAGACUAUAGAAUCUUAAAUCCAAGGAACUUGGCUUAUUCUGAAGAUAGCCAUAUGAAAACUUUAAAACAGAAGUAUGGGUAGCUGACUUGAAGUAGUAACUCUAUGUCAAAUAGUCGUAGGUUAAGUAUCUUUAAAGAACUUGGAUAUUAUUUCAGAGGAUACAAAAUAAAAAAACAAACUGGAAAACAUAAAGAUUACAGAGAAAAACGCAACACCUUCCUGUGCAGUCCUAUUGGAAUUUGGACUUGCCAUGAGGUGUUGAAGCCUAUUUCAUUGAGUCGGAGAGACUGGACCUAAAUGGCGCAGCAUGACUUUGCACCAGCCUGGCUUAAUUUUCCUACUCCGCCAUCGUCAACAAAGUCGUCAUUGAAUUUUGAGAAGCAUUCUGAAAAUUUUUCAUGGACAGAAAAUCGGUAUGAUGUGAAUCGUCGACGACACAACUCUUCAGAUGGCUUUGAUUCUGGUAUUGGACGACCUAAUGGAGGUAAUUUUGGAAGGAAAGAAAAAAAUGGAUGGCGUACACAUGGAAGAAAUGGUACAGAAAACAUAAAUCAUCGAGGGGGGUACCAUGGUGGAAGUUCCCGUUCUCGUAGCAGUAUUUUUCAUCCUGGAAAAAGCCAAGGACUACACGAAAACAGCAUACCUGACAAUGAAACAGGGAGGAAAGAUGAUAGGAGAGAACGUAAACAGUUUGAGGCUGAAGAUUUUCCAUCUUUAAAUCCUGAGUAUGAGAGAGAACCAAAUCAGAAUAAAUCUUUAGCUGCAGGUGUAUGGGAAUAUCCUCCGAAUCCUAAAUCUAGAACCCCAAGGAUGCUGGUUAUUAAGAAAGGUAAUGCAAAAGACUUACAGCUCUCUGGAUUCCCAAUUAUAGGAAAUCUUCAGUCACAGCCAGUUAAGAAUGGGACUGGCCCAAGUGUUUAUAAAGGCUUAGUCCCUAAACCUGCUGCUCCACCUACAAAACCUACACAAUGGAAAAGCCAAACUAAAGAAAAUAAAGUUGGGAGUUCUUUCUCUCAUGAGUCUACUUACAGUGUUGGUAACUUUAAUGCUUUUAAACCAACUGCCAAGAAUUAUAGUCCAUCAACAACUUCAGUAAAAGAGUGUAAUCGCUCAAAUUCCUCUUCACCUGUUGACAAACUUAAUCAGCAGCCUCGGCUAACCAAACUGACCCGUAUGCGUACUGAUAAGAAGAGUAAAUUUUUGAAAGCAUUAAAGAGGGACAGAGUAGAAGAGGAACAUGAAGAUGAAAGCCAUGCUGGUUCAGAGAAGGAUGACGACUCGUUUAAUUUGCAUAACAGCAAUAGUACUCGCCAAGAAAGGGACAUAAACCGAAAUUUUGAUGAAAGUGAAGUUCCUCAAGAGAAUGGCAAUGCCUCAGUGAUAUCUCAACAGAUCAUUCGUUCUUCUACCUUCCCACAAACGGAUGUUCUUUCAAGUUCACUUGAAGCAGAACACAGAUUGUUAAAGGAGAUGGGCUGGCAAGAAGACAGUGAAAAUGAUGAAACUUGUGCUCCUUUAACUGAAGAUGAAAUGAGAGAAUUCCAAGUUAUUAGUGAACAGUUACAGAAGAAUGGCCUGCGGAAAAAUGGUAUUUUGAAAAAUGGUCUGAUCUGUGACUUCAAGUUUGGACCCUGGAAAAACAGCACUUUCAAACCCACUAUUGAGAAUGAUGACACAGAAACAAGUAGCAGUGACACAUCAGAUGAUGAUGAUGUGUGAAGGAUUUCCUAACAGCUUUAGAAAUUUUAGUGUGAUACAUCUCAUACAAUUUGGGGUGAAUUGUAAAAAUGAAGAACUAUAAUUUAUGUAGUAAAAACCCCAUUAGAAGAUGAUUUUUUGGGGGACUUCAAUAUGAAGAAAACCCAAGAAUGUUGUGUUGGGCUGUGUUGAACUUUAUUUCUUUGUAAAUGAAUGUUGUAGAAAUGAGGACUUUGGUUGAUCCAACAUUGACCUUCUUCAUCACUGCAGCAUUUCUCUGACUAGCAAUGUGACGAUGUAACAAAUGAGAUUUUUCUCAUUUAAUAAUAAAAAAUUGUGUAAUGUUUUGCAAAGCUUCUGUCUUAAAAUGUCCAGGUCUUAAGGAAAAAAAGGCAGCUUACACUGUUUUGCUUGCAGAGUCAUACCUUUUUCUUACAAUGGAACUCCUCAAGUCUACUUUGUGCGCUCCCAAUUCCCUCCCCUCCCCCCAAAGGACAAUGUAGCAUGUUGGCUAAAUCUGGAGCAAAGUGCACUAAAAUUAAUUUCAUGAAUUCAAUUGUUGUAUUAGUCACCUUUCCAAACAUAAUU